UGAGGCUGGUAACAUCAACAGUGAGGACAAACCCAGCCUGUCUCUCUCCUUCCACACUGAGUCCAAACCUACAUUCACUGGGUCCUGAUUGUGACAGUGGAGCCCAGUUUGCACUGCAGGGUCCAGAGAUGGCAUCAGUGAAGCUGGAAGACUGCAGUCAAACACUGGAGCUGAAUGUCAACAUUAAAGAUGAAGAAGAGGAGGAGAAGAUUGCUACAUCUGUUAGUCAUGGAGACCAUGUUGAUACAUUAUCUACAUCUAGAGAGCAACAGCAGGAAGAUCAUAGAGCUAAGAGGUCUCACCACUGCCCACAUUGUGAGGAGAUUUUCCCAUUUCUAUCAACGCUAAAAAUACACCUACAAAUACACACAGGAGAGAAGCCUUAUUCCUGCACUGACUGUGGGACACGCUUCACAACAUCAAGGGCUCUGACAGUUCAUCAGAGAGUGCACACUGGAGAGAAGCCUUACUCCUGCUCUGACUGUGGGAAGAGUUUCUCAGGAUUGGGUCACUUAAAAAGACACCAACGUAUACACACAGGAGAGAAGCCUUACUCCUGCUCUGACUGUGGGAAGAGUUUCUCUCAACAGAGCAGCUUAAACUCGCACAAACAUAUACACACAGGACAGAAGCCUUACUACUGCUCUGACUGUGGAAAAUGCUUCACAUCAUCAUUUGAGUUAAAAGUUCAUCAGAGAACACACACAGGAGAGAAGCCUUACUACUGCUCUGACUGUGGGAUGAGUUUCUCUCAACAGAGCAGCUUAAAGUCACACCAACGUAUACACACAGGAGAGAAGCCUUACUCCUGCUCUGACUGUGGGAAGAGGUUCUCUCAUCAAAGCAGCUUAAAAUCACACCAACAUAUACAUAAAGCAGAGAAGGCUUACUCCUGCUCUGACUGUGGGAAGUACUUCACAACAUCAGCUGAGCUAAAAGUUCACCAGAGAACACACACAGGAGAGAAGCCUUACUGCUGCUCUGACUGUGGGAAGAGUUUCUCUCAACAGAGCAACUUAAAAACACACCAACUUAUACAUACAGGAGAGAAGGCUUUCUCAUGCUCUGACUGUGUGAAAUGCUUCACAACAUCAUCUGAGCUAAAAGUUCAUCAGAGAACACACACAGGAGAGAAGCCUUACUCCUGCUCUGACUGUGGGAAGAGUUUCUCUCAACAGAGCAACUUAAUAACACACCAACGUAUACAUAAAGGAAAGAAGCCUCAUCAGUUCUCUCAGGCCAGUUAAGAUUAAAGUCACUCCAUCACUUCAUUCUCAUCUCAUAAAGGAAGUGGUAACAGUGAAUUUGAUAACAUUCAGAGAGAGUAACACACUAUUGUAAUCCUAUAGUUUCUCACUGUGAGAGAACUGUGCAGAGGAAAGGGAGCAUUAUAGAACAUUAGCCUAUCUUUACUUUACUGAUCAGUCUGCACCUUGUCAGUUCUGGUGUGUUUUUUUAGCUUCUACUGUAAAGAUAUUGAGAUUACCUUGGAUUUGGCCUUAGCGUUGAAAUCCCUCUGAGGGAUCUCUUGUUAAAACAAUGGAGUGUGAUGGUUGACUUGGUGGUACUGCUUCCCUCUGCAGUUUUCUGUGGGAAUGAGCUAGUAGACACGUGUCAGAUAGAGAUGGUGUGAUGAUCCGUUUUCUGUGGGAAUGAGCUGGUAGACACAACAUGUAUCAGAUAGAGAUGGUGUGAUGAUCAGUUUUCAACAUUAGUUUGAGUGGAUACUUUUAUUCCUACUAAAUGGUUUUUGUUUAAUGAUACACAGGUUAUAAAACAAAUACAUGUGUUUAUUAAAUUGUCUUUUAAAACUAGAUUCACUAUUUUAGUCAUUGAUGAUUAAUGUAUUUGGAUAACUGCAAUGAAUGUAAUUGAAUUACUAAUGAAAAAUAAAUAUUCUACAUACA